AUGAGUUAUCAGUCAUAUCUCAAAUCCACCGCAGCUUUUGCCAACAACAAAACUCCACCGUCAGGCGCAAUCCAUCGAAAACCUCCUCCGGGUUCAGCGCCGUCCACCGCACUCUCUAGCUCAUCGAUUCAUACCACUCUGACAGGCAAUGCUCCCUUAACCUUGACCACCAAUCCUCCAUUCUCGCCUGCCUCAUCCACCAGCUCCCCAGCAAAUCUCUCUGGCCCCAAAAUACCACCCACAUCCGGCUUAAACAUUCCUCGUACCUACGAGCCAACUCGAACAUCCCUGACCAAAGAACAAAUUGACGCUGCGUUGAAAGCAUGUCUGGAUCUACAAAACAAUGCUACGGCAUUGCACGAAAAGCGGCCUUUUGCAGCCUUGCUUCUAGGGCCUGACAAUACUACUGUCCUGCUUACACACUUCUCCAUCUCUCAUGUUCAGCACGCAGAGACUGAGCUCGCCCGACUGGCUACAAUCCACUUCUCACAGAAAUACCUUGCCUCAUGCACACUUGUGUCGACUUGGGAACCAUGCGCCAUGUGUACGGGGACAUUGUACUGGAGCAAUAUUGGACGCCUGGUCUACGCUGCGGGCGAGGAGAAGCUGAAAGACUUGACAGGAGGAAACAACCAGGAAAACAUGACCAUGUCACUGCCCUGUCGGGAUGUACUCAAGGCGGGUCAGAAGGGUGUGGAAGUCAUUGGACCUGUCAAAGAUUGGGAAGAGAGGGUUGUCGAAGAGAGCGGGAAAUGGUGGAAAGAACAUCAGUCAAAUGAUAAUGCGAGGAGAGUGAGAGAAGGCAGUGUAAACGGAAGCGAGAAGCCGGGGAGCCUAUCAAGUAUGCGUCACGGCACACCAACCACCUGGACAGGAGAAGACACUGUUCUCAGCAGCAUCGAUGACGAGGGCGAAUACAAAGCGGAGCUUGAUAUUGACUGGAUGAGGUAG